AUGCUUGCACUCAACCGCCCUCAAGCGAAGAACGCUAUCUCCAUGAGACUUCUCGACGAACUCAUGGAAUGUCUCGACGCCGCGCGCUUUGACAAAAACCUUAGGGUCUUGAUAGUUUCUUCGUCGAGCGCGGGGUCAUUCUGCGCUGGGGCAGACCUCACCGAAAGACGCACGAUGUCAGAGACACAGGUCGCCAAAUUCCUUUUGGAUCUACGCUACGCUCUUCACAAACUCGAAACAUUGCCCGUCCCAACUAUCGCGGCCAUCGACGGCCCUGCGCUAGGAGGUGGCCUCGAGUUAUCCCUCGCAUGUGAUCUUCGGGUAGCUGGGCACAUGGUCACCAAGAUUGGAUUACCAGAGACGAAGCUGGGAAUCAUACCAGGCGCCGGAGGGACGCAACGAGCAACCAGGCUUCUGGGAGUAUCCAAAGCGAAAGAGUUGAUCUUCACAGGGCGUACGCUCACAGCAAAACAAGCGCUAGAUUGGGGAUUGGUGAACUAUAUCUCUGAAGAUGGGCAAACGGCCGUAGAGCGCGCGCUCGGAUUGGCUAGCGAGAUAUUAACGAGUGCGCCACUGGCACUCCGUUCAGCAAAACAGGCCAUUUCGAGAGCCGCCGAGUUGUCAUUAGAGAUGGGUCUUGACUACGAGCGGGCAUCUUAUGAGCCUCUGCUGAAGUCCAGAGAUCGCAUGGAGGCCUUGCAAGCGUUCAAGGACAAACGCGUCCCAAUCUUCAAAGGAGAAUGA